AUGAAGGUCCACGUUGUGUCCAAGGUAGACAACAAUAUACACGCAGUCACGAGGCUCGAUCAAUCAUCGUAUGAACAACAGAUCCUCCUUGCAUCAAGUGUGCGCGUUCAGCCACUCCUCAUCACCCUUAGCUCAAACAAUCUCAGUUAUGCCCGUGGCGGGGACCUGCUACGCUGGUGGGAUACCUAUCCUGUCCCUGCAGAACUCCCCCAGCCAUACAACGACCAAAAGUCCUGGGGCAUCGUCCCAGCAUGGGGUUACGGCUUGGUCGUAGAAUCAACAACAAAUAUCGCCCCAGGAACAAUCCUAUGGGGGUUUUGGCCGACCGCAAGCAUGACCGUCACGCUCAAACUCGAACCAUGUGAGCCAAAGGGCUUCUGGACCGAGGUCAGCGAGUCCCGACAGCGGCUUAUGACAAUCUAUAACAGCUACUCAGAGGAACUCAAGAUUAAGAUCCCCGAGUCUAUAUUCGAGACGAGAGACUGGACUAAACUCUCGUCCCUUGUUGAUGAAGAUACCCUGAAGCGUUUGUCGUGGAUAUCGGUCUUCCGUCCUACCUGGCAAACUGGAUAUCUCCUCAGUCGCCACACGUUUACUUCGAACCCGACAGUCCGCCCACCGAUUCACCCUUUGGGUAUCAAUCUCCCCUGGACAGGCGCGGACGCGGAUAUUUCUGCCGCUGUCGUUGUCAGUCUCGCUGCGUCGAGCAAGACUGCCCGCUCAUUUGCGUAUCACAUGUUCCGCAGGGAUGCUGUGAAGGAGGGACCCGUGGGUUUGCUCCAGGUGUCACAGAGACCAGAGUUGUUGGAGUCUGUUCCGGGAAAACUAGGUACAGCUAUUCCUGCAAAAGCAAUGGGAUAUGACCAGGUUGGUGAGUCAAUCGAGUGGAUUGGUAGAUUGCGACCGAAAAAGGUUGUGGUUGUUGAUUUUGGCGGACGAGGCGGGGCGCUUGUGCAAUUUAUUGAGGGUAUCCGUGCCCAUUCAAUUCUUACGGAAGUCAAAACGUCGAUUAUCCAGGUUGGUUCAGAGCAAAAGGUUUAUUCCGCCGAUGAAAUCACUGCAAAUCGCGACUCUAUGAAAACAAUGGGCAAGAUCCAAUUCAACACCUCGGGGGUCCGUGAUGCUAUCAUUACACAUACCACUGCGAAAGAUUUCUACGAUCAAGCCCAGCUUGUAUGGGACGAUUGGAUAAGCGUCAGUCAUGACAUCGUGCCUGAUAUCCAGUUAAUGGUCGGCCAUGGGGUCGGCGGCGAGAGAGGCAUUGAGAAGGGAUGGAGCAAGCUAUGUCAAGGGAUGGUAGGUACUGGAGAGGGAUUGGUGUAUAUGAUGUAG